UUAAACGCACAGGCAGGGAAAAACAGCCGCCUGUGUCAGAAAACGAGUCGAGAGCGAAUGAAAGAUCGCGCUUAGAAUCGGAGCAAGAGGGUCGACGCGGAGCCUGACAGUCUGCGCGCUAACCAACAAAAUGAGAUGGCGUGGGGGACUCUCCCUCAAGUGCUUGUUGUUCCUCGUGAGCGUGCUGGUGGGCUUUGAGGCGGUGCCCAUCAGCGUGGACAAGACCAAAGUGAAGCUCGCCGAGGAGCAAGUCAAGGAACCGCCGCAGAGCGUGGAUACCGGACUGCACUAUGACCGUUACCUCAGAGAAGUCAUUGAUUUUCUGGAGAAAGACCAGCACUUCAGAGAAAAGCUCCACAACACGGACAUGGAAGACAUUAAGCAAGGGAAGUUAGCCAAAGAGCUGGACUUUGUCAGCCAUCACGUGAGAACGAAACUUGACGAACUGAAGAGACAAGAAGUAAGCCGGCUGCGGGCCCUCAUCAAAGCCAAGCAGGACAUCGAAGGAGGGAAAGACAUGAUGAUGGACCACCAGGCCUUGCUUAAGCAGUUUGAGUACCUGAACCACAAUAAUCCACACACAUUUGAGGUGGAAGAUCUGGAUCGACUCAUUAAGUCGGCAACAAAUGAUCUCGAAAACUAUGAUAAGGAGCGCCAUGAGGAGUUCAAGAGGUACGAGAUGAUGAAAGAGCACGAGAGGCGGGAGCACCUGAAGACACUGGACGAGGAUGGGAGGAAGAAGGAGGAGGAGCACCAUGAAGAGUUGAAGAAGAAACAUGCCGACCAUCCUAAAGUUAAUCACCCGGGCAGUCAGGACCAGUUGAAAGAGGUCUGGGAGGAGGCUGAUGGUUUGGACCCUGAGGACUUUGACCCAAAAACAUUCUUCAGCUUACACGACACUAAUGGAGACGGCUACUUUGAUGAGCAGGAGUUGGAGUCGCUGUUCACAAAGGAGCUUGAGAAAGUCUACGACCCUGCCAACGAGGAAGAUGACAUGGUGGAAAUGGAGGAAGAAAGACUUCGCAUGAGGGAACAUGUUAUGAAUGAGGUGGACACCAACAAGGACAGACUGGUCUCCUUGGAUGAGUUCCUGAUCGCCACAAAGAAGAAGGAAUUUCUGGAGCCGGAGAGUUGGGAGACCCUAGAGCAGAACCAGGCCUACACUGAAGAGGAGAUGAGGGAAUUUGAGGAACACCUGGCCAGGGAGGAGAAAGACCUAAACCAGAAAACGUUAGACCUUCAGAAGCAGAAGGAGGAGCUGGAGAGACAGCAGGAGCAGCUGAAUGCACAGAAACUAGAGCUUCAGCAGGCAGUAGAACACAUGGCAAGAUUAAAAACUCAAAAUGCAGAGCCUCCUGCAGAACACAAAGGUGCUGAGAACACCGGCCCUGCGCUAGCCACGGACGGCCAGCCGCUUCCUCCUGGCCAUGUGCAGGACCUGCCUGCUCACUCUUAGCUGGAUCUGCUCUAUGUGUGUGAGUGCGAGUGAGUGCGUGUGCACAUCUACAGUCCCAGCACAUGCCUGCCAAGACCCGGCAAAAAACAAAUCAGAAAAACAGCAAAAUUCCAACUUUGUCUGGUAUUACAAACUGAUGUGUAUAAACUGCUGGCUCCUCUAAAAGAAAUGGUAUAACAAGCAUUCCCCCCCCCCCCCCCCCCCCCCCCCCCCCCCCAGGACCAGUACAACCGUUCUCUCUAUAAAGGUCAUCAAAACUCAGAAUCCCAUGGUAAACUAUGGUAUAGACCCCCCCCCUUUCCUUUUUUUAAAAAAAGCAUUAGUUCAUAUGGCACAGCAUAAUAGUGGAUUUCAAAGGCAUUGUGAAGCUCAUCAAAGAUCUAAAUCCACAGUAGACUUACUGUAUAAUUUCAUGUACUAUUAAGGUUAAAAGGAAAUUACUGCACACCAGCACAUUUUAAUUCUAAGGAAAAAAAUGAAAAUGGGAGAUGAUCUUUAUCCACAUGCUGCAGAAUAAUUUAAGACUACCCUGUUUGUAGUGGGUAAAAACAGUGCUACUGGACAGACAGAUGUAAGUUGACAUUUUCUGAAGUACAUUUUGUGAGUUUCUAAACAGUUCUACAUAAUUUAUUUGAUAAAUUUCUAUGUGGAAUACUUCUCAGCCCAAAACAACUUAAAUUCUGCAUGUUUGCAACAGAUGAUCAGCUCAGGAAUUUUUUUUAAACAGCCCUCAAAUGGUGUCUGUAAAAGAUUCCUUUUAUAAUUAAAGUGAAAGUACUGUCACUUUCUCAUUUUGGAUUUAAAAAAAAAAGAAGCUGUCCUCCUGCUAAACGUGAAACAGGCACUGUAUGUGUAUAUUAAACAUGCAAAAAUGCACAAAUAUGUUGUUUCAUUUUUGCACAAUCUAAAAAACCCUGUAAUCUGCAAAUGAUAUUCAUUAUGCUGGGGGAGACUUAUGACACCUGGGCUGUUGGCUAUACAUCUUCUUUAUGAUUAUAGUUUAUGCUAAAUCCCAUAACCACAGCUCAGAGGUCUGCAGUACAGUGCAGAUAAGGUAGGACUCGGUUCUUUAUGCUGAGCUCGACGCCCUCUACCUCUUUGUCGCCAUCUCUCUCUCCUCACGUUGUUGUGUGUGAGCAAGCGAAGGUUUCUGUACUAUUGCCCACCAGCUCAAGUGUGUCCAACAGGCAUAUACCCAAACCUGCCCCAGAAUGAUUAAUACAACUGGCAGGUUUUCUAGCCCUCUCCCUCCAGUUUACCCUUUACUUGGGGGGGAAUCUGUACUAUGUUCUCCAGAAUAUAUUUAAUUAAAAUUUCCCCCCUCUUUUUGUGUAUUUUUCAUUGUUCUGAGGUGAUACAUGGGUUUGACAGUUUAGUUAACGGACAUUCCAAAAAUCAAAUAAAGCACCAUCACAAUUAA